GACCCGAACACAAUGCAUGUCAAAACCAUAGAUGAUCCCCUCUAUAACAAGGAUACACCGCAGACUUUGCUAAGGUUUUUGAAGCGACAACGUGACAAAAAGCUAAUACUUUGGCCUUACAACUUCGAGUUUCACUUUAUUCUUCUCGUCAUCAAUUUGGAAAUUGGAGAAGUUGAAGUCUUGGACUCACUAAGCAAAGAAAAGGAUCUAUACGUGUCUUGUUUUUUAAUGCUCAGAAGCGUAUGGCAAACUUUCAUCAAGGAAGAUACGUCCCGUGAAUGGCCACCGAAGCUGCGAUGGCGUGCGAAAAAAUGCCCGCAACAACCUCCGGGGACCGAUCUCUGUGGAUUCUUCGUUUGCGAGUACAUCCAGCAGAAUUGUCAACGAGAGAACGAAUAAUGAAAGAAAUAAAGA